GCAUUCUGCUCUUGCCCGGUCAUCUCCCUCCAGGUCCAACGGUGCGUUGCUCUUGUCUGCACGCAGUGUCGAGGCUCCAGCGUCGUCAGCGCUUCGCUGGAAAAACGGGCUUCUACCCGCAGCUCCUGCCAUUUCUCCAGCGCCGGGUUUGGCUGAACAAGAUCUUCAGAAGGCCAUAUCACCACCCUCACACGACCUCGACACGCAUCGCCCAUCAUGGCCUCCGCGGCAGUGGCAAGCUCUAUGGCGCCAGAGAAAAGCUGUCAAGAGCCCGUAGCAGGGCCAUCGACCCCGCCUCCAGCACAUCCAUAUGCCGCGACAGCCGCAUCAUCGCCAUCUCUGCUGGCAUAUUCAGCGAACAACUGCACCAAUCCCAGCGGCUUUCGGUUCGACGACUCGCACUUGUCACUGAGCGUUGCCUCAGCUAAAAACAUCAUCUUCACGCCCGAGAACCCUCCGCUCAGGUCUUUGACACCUCGACAGAGGGAAAAGUCCGCACUUCGCGGCCCAGAAAGCCGGGCCUCCAGCCUGGCAGCUGUAUCGCCACAUUCGAGUUUUGCGGGCCAGUCCUCACAUCAUUUAUCAGAGAUUCAUGCCGAAAGUCUUCCCACACUCACCUUCCGAAGAGGAAAUGAUGUGGCAGGCACCCUGUCCAUUUCAGAAAAAGCGCCGAUACCACGCAGCCGCGCGUUAGGCGUCACAAUAUCACAUACAGCCCGCCCUCACCCCAAGGUGAUCCCAAACCAAGAGCCCCUGUCGCGCUAUACUAUCCAACUAGCGCAAGAGAAACGUCUCGGACGGAGAGCGCAGUCGGAGAGGGUCCGUUCUGGCACGGUCAAAGACUUGUCUGCGUCCACACACAGCCUGCCGGGCGAUUACUCACAGCAGCGUCAACCAACCGCCUCUUCGCAGCUGUCCAGUCCGACUUCGACAGCGUCGUCAAGCGCAAGAGCUGCUGCUGCACCCAAGUCUUCCGCAUGGGGUGCACCGCGAUCGUGGGCCGAACUCACAUCGCGCGGGGGGAGAGCAGGCGGCGGCGUCGGAGCCAGAUUGGGCAACAGCUCGUCGGCGCUCAACGACGGCGUCAAUCCAGGUGCUUGCGCCGGGACCGUGACGGGUGCAAAUACACCAGCGUGCUCCAUUGCGUCGGCCGUCGCGUCGUCUAUCGUGACUGAAACGACGCCCAACACGAACGCGAACUCGCAGGCGAGCAGCGCGGUCACCAGUCCCGUGCUUAUGUCCGCGUCGGCCAUGCUCGUGCCGCCGCUAUCGAUCCACGAGCCACAGGCUGGCGGCGCGAAUCGUGCACCGGGCGGCGCUCACAACGUCAGGCAGAAGAUGGGGCUGGAAGCUGCGCUUGUGGAGAGUCACCUGCAGUUCAGAGCGCCGGUCACCCUCCCGAGGGGUUUGGUGAACACCGGCAAUCUCUGCUUUGCCAAUUCGAUCCUCCAAGCUUUAGUCUUCUGCGCUCCAUUCUACAACCUCCUUAUUACCAUUGGCAAAGAGCUGCCGCACGAUUUUGCCAAUCGCACCCCCCUGAUUGAUGCAACGAUCCAAUUCGUCAGAGAAUUUCCUGUCAUUGGCAGUGUCGACAGUACGGCGCAGGAGCUGGUAUCAGCAUCCGAGCCAUUCGCACCAGAAUAUAUCUACGAAGCCAUGCGUCUGAAGAAGCGCUUUGAUGCUAUGCGGCGAGGGCACCAGGAAGAUGCGGAAGAGUUCCUCGGAUUCUUCCUUGAUUCCUUGCAUGAGGAGCUGCUGUACGCUAUCCAGAGAGCCAACGCCAAGCUUGCGGCCAAUGGCAUCCUCAGCAAGAUGUCGGUCGCAGAAAAGACACUGAAUGGGCUCAGCGGCUUUAGUGACGAGCAACUGGCCGACAUGGGUCUCGGGCUAGCAUCGAGGGAUGAUGCCAGCAGCGACAUCAGCGAGCGCGAAGUGGUCCGCCCCGUCAGUCCGUCCGAGGAAGGGUGGAUGGAAGUCGGCCAGAAAGGCAAGACGAGCUUUACGCGCACGACCUCAACGAGCGACUCACCGAUCACGCACAUCUUCGGCGGGAAACUCCGCUCGGUGCUUCGCACGCCUGGAGCUAAGGACAGCGUCACGCUCGAGCCGUACCAACCGCUGCAGCUGGACAUCCAGCCGGCGCGCGUGCACACGAUCGAGGAUGCAUUGCGCAACUUGACUGAGCCCGAGACGAUCCCUGGGGUGUACUCACCUAGUCGCGAUGCGAUCGUCGACGCCACGAAGCAGGUUUUCAUCGAGAGCUUGCCGCCGGUGCUGGUGCUGCACCUCAAGCGGUUCGUGUAUGAUGAGAUUGGAGGGGUGCAGAAGGACAGCAAGGAAAUUGGGUAUGACACAGUGCUGGAUGUUGCUUCCGAGGUAAUCAGUCCUACACGCAGGGCUGAUACUAUCACGCGAUAUAGGCUCUUUGGAGUUGUCUACCAUCACGGUCGCUACGCAACCGGCGGGCAUUACACUGUCGACGUUCUGCGCCAGGAUUCGCAACAGUGGGUCCACAUCGACGACACGAACAUCUCGCCGAUCCAGGUGGACCAGGUGCGGCGCGUCAAGCAGCGUGACUCGAACGAUUUUGUGCAACGUGGACCGAGCAGCGCGUCUGGCCAUGAAGGACUGGCGUAUUUGCUUUUCUACAAGCGUGAGGAGUUGGCGGAGAGCGCGACAGUGCGCGAAGGGGACGCGUUGCGAAACCCGGCCAAGGUCAACGGGCAUGGGCAUAUGUACACGAAGCCUUCUUUUAAGCAAGCCGCUAAGGCUUUUGCGCCGAAACAAGCGACUCAGAGUCCCAAGGCCGCGCCAGUAACUCCAGCUGAUGUCGCUUUCGGGCCUACUCUCUCCGCCACCGCCGUUCCUGGCGCAAAACCGCGGCCGCCAGGUGCGCCGCCACCGAAAAAGGGAGCACCAAGAUCGAAAGUCAAGGUGCAAUCCUGAUGUCAUCAGCAUAACACCGUGCCGCGGAUUGUUGCAUGUCUCUAGAUCAUGCUCGCCGCCAGCAUUCGGCCUUUCAGAGAUUUUCCAAUUCCCACGCUUAUUACUACACAUCGUACGGAGCUCACCCCUGCAUUCCAUCGAAUGCUGUCUUAGAAUCAAUCGAAUUCUGCAGUUCAUACAUUUUUUCGAAGCCCGGAGGGGGGAUUCUUACAAAGCGCAUUGAAAUG